AUGGGACAAGCUUGGGAGUAUUAUGACAGAGUGAAGAAAGAUCAGAGCAAUGAGAAGAAACCUUCUAGGCAAAAAAAAGUAAUCCAGACAGAAACUGCUGAUGAAGUCAGAGGUUCUGAUUACAGACAAUAUGGCCAAACCUCUAACCCAGAGCCAGUCCUUUUGCCACAACAGGGAGGGUUUUCAGUAAUGAAUCUCCAUAAAGGUGCUAAUCAGAGAAGAAGCUUCACCAUGGAGUCAGACCAAAGAUAUUGUAAUCAAAUCUAUUCACAGAAGAAAUACUCUGAGGUUAACAAAUGUCAGAAAGCCUUAUCUUAUGAUUUUGACCUCAUUGACAAACAAGGAAUUCAUGCUGAAGUGGAAAUUCAUGAAAGUGGGAAUUCUUUCAUAGUGUAUAAUGAACUUAAUCUAUCCCAGGGAACUGAUCCUGGACAAACAUGUUAUGAAUUGACUAAAUGUGGGAAGACAUUCUAUCAAAAAGCAGAUCUCAAUCAACAUUCUGCUAGUCAGAGGAAAACCAAAUCUUAUGAAUGCAGUGAGUGUGGAAGGGCUUUUCACCUUAAGACAAGUCUUUCCCAGCACUACAGAAUUCAUAUUGGAGAAAAACCUUUCAAAUGCAGUGACUGUGGAAAUGAUUGUGGGAAAGCCUUUCCCCAGAGUACAACCCUCACUCUACAUCAGAGAACUCACACUGGAGAGAGACCAUACGAAUACAGUGAAUGUGGGAAGACAUUCCGAUCCAGCUCUAACCGUACUCAGCACUGGAGUACUCACACAGGAAUAAAACCUCAUCAGUGCAGUGUAUGCGGGAAGGCCUUCUCCCAGAAGUCUGAUCUCACUCAUCAUGGUAGUGUUCAUACUGGAGAGAAACCAUAUGCAUGCUCUGAAUGUGGAAAGGUCUUUCUCCAGAAGUCAGAUCUUAGACAACACUUUAGCAUUCAUAGUAGAGAGAAACCUUAUGAAUGCGGUGAUUGUUGUAAAGCCUUUCCCCGUAUUGCAGAAUUCACUAGACAUCAAAGAACUCACACUGGAGAGAAACCCUAUGAAUGCAUAGAAUGUGGGAAGACAUUCAGUCAAGGUUCUAAACUUUCUCGGCACCAGAAAAUUCAUAGAGGAAUAAAACCUCAUGAAUGCAGAAUAUGUGGGAAGGCCUUCUCCCAGAAGUCUGAUCUCACUCCUCAUGGCAGUGUUCAUACUGGAGAGAAACCGUAUGAAUGCUCUGAAUGUGGAAAGUACUUUCGCCAGAAGUCAGAACUUAGACAACACUUUAGCAUUCAUACUAGAGAGAAACCUUUUAAGUGCAGUAAUUGUGGAGAAGCCUUUGCAUGGAGCACAACACUGACUCAGCAUCAGAGAACUCACACUGGAGAGAAAUCCUGUGUGUGCAAUGAAUGUGGAAAGGCCUUCACUCAGAAAGGUCUUCCAGUACAUAUUGCAAAAAUACAUACUAGAGAGAAGUCUUAG